AAAUGUCGCAAACAUUUCCUAUCGUUCAAUUAUUGUCUAAUGGCAUUUUAAUCAAUGAAUUGUCAAUAUAUAUUUCGUGUUUGUGUUAUUAAAAAUGAAGUUAUCGGAAAAAUAAAAUGUGAUUUUGUAUAAAUACAGAAUCCUCUAAAAUAAGUAAUUUGAUAUUCCCUGUUGUAUUUACUGCGCAUCCAACUGCGUCAUUCAUAUUUUCACAUUUCCAAUUAAUCAAGUGAAAUGUUUCGUACGCGUUUUAUUUAAUGUCAACACCUCGUAGGAACGUAUUGAAAGUGACAGCUGACGAAUGUAACACAUUUUCGCAUUCUCGAUUGUCUGUAUACUUCAACUUAACGAUUGUUAUCGAAUCUAAAGUAACAGCAACGGAUAAUCACGUACAUUCUGUUAAUACAAAAAUUAUCUUAGAGCAAUUCGCUCUAUAAGAAUUGAUCAUGGAACAAAUGAUCGCAUUGAGUACACAAAAUCCAUUAUCAUUAUUGGUUAAAUUUGGAAUGAUGGCUUGGAAUAAUAGCUGUGGAAUUGAAAAUUGUUCAGGACAUGGCGAAUGUCACAAUGGCACUUGCUUAUGCGAAAUCCAAUUUGAUGGACCCGAGUGUCAUGUACCAAAUUUAAGUUAUUACAUAGCAUUUGCCUCUAUUUUCUUCUUAUUGGCAUUCAUAUGUCUUAUUCAACUUGUCAUGUGCAUCGUCGCUGAAUGGCAAAAAAUGAAGGCACCUUCAUUUUUGAGAGCUUGCAGAGUUACUACUCAAAAAGUAUUAUAUUUUGUAGUUUUUCUUGCUUCAGUAAUACGUGGAGCAUACUUUACUUCUCCAACUGCAUUUAAAGAAGGUUGGUCGAGAAGUUUGUCGUCAGCAUAUUAUCCUCUUUUAUUAAGCGGAUCAUCCUUAAUAGUAUGUUUUUGGGCCGAGGUCUUUCACCUAAGAGAUGUUCAAUGGGACAAACCACAAUUUUUAUCUAAAUCUUUUUUGGCUUUUGUGGUAUUUAAUAUAAUAACAUAUUCAUUAUUAUUAGCCGAAUUUGUUACUGCACAAAUAAAUUCUCAAGAAGAUCAAAACAUUUUCCAGAGCUACUACACCCAUAUUUUUAAUGGAUGCUAUGCAGUACUUUUAUUCAUUGUUGUUAUAUUUUUUUUGAUAUAUGGCGUAGAAGUAUACUUUAAGGUUCGAGGUGGAUUUCUAAACGAGUACCAGGUUGCUUCUAUUGCAACAAAUAUACGUACUCCGGAUGAAUCAAAAUUACAAAGUGAAGAUCAAGUUACAGCUAAAUUAUUUGAUCCUCAACCAUCUACAUCUGAUAUUCUACGUAUGCAACAACAAGUGAAUACUUCUCAAUUACAUCAAUCUAGAUUUGGUUUACUAUCUCAAGCAUUCAUGUUGUUUAUCGUGGUUGGAUUUUUAUUUAGCGAAACACUCAGCGAAUUUUGGAAAACUAAAGUUCCCUUAUAUAGCAGAAAUUGGCACGAUGUGGUAUUUCGUGUAAUAGAAGUUGGUGUAGCAUUAUGGUUUCCUUGCGUUUUAUGGAAUUGUAUGAGUCCAGAACAAUUAUGGAUUUUGAAUCCAAAACGAAUUUUAAAAAGGCUAGAUCUUGAUCAAACAAAACAUAUGAAAGAAAUAGAGUUGCAAGAUAAGUGUGCAGCGCAAGAAUCUGCUCUUACUGAUGGAACAUCAAUCAAUAGUAAAGAUUGUUGGAUAUGCUAUGACAAUGAUAGACAUGAUGUUGGUCCUCUAAUACAGCCGUGUCAGUGUAGGGGCGAUGUAAGUGCAGUCCAUCAUGAUUGCCUGCGUAGAUGGCUUGUAGAGAGUUCUGUCAAUGCAGAUAGUCUUACUUGCAAGAUAUGUGGUACCAACUAUAAUGUGGAACAUGCUAGCCGUUUGGAUUGGCAAAAUAGUUUAACUACAAAACAUUGCCUUCAAACUAUUGCCAUUGUUACUACAAUGUGUGCAUCUUCUGCAGCUGCAUGGACAGUUAUACAACUUGUAGAGGGUCCUAUUAUUAGAAUGCUUGCAGCUGGUGCUGCUUUGUUAAUAAUGUAUGUUUGUAUAAGAUUUUUGAGUUUAAAUACAGUGGUGGCUUAUCAACGUGCCAAAAUUUUAUCAUUAAACAUUGCAAAUUCUGAAAGUGGAACGGCGACGCACGUUGCCACAAUCAGCCAUACCGUUUCUGUAGAUUUAACAAAAGCAGAACCUGCUGUGAUAUAGACAGCAUAGCAUAUCGAACAACAUAGGAUCUGGAAUACAAAAAAAAUUAGUGAUCGCAAAGAUAGCAUAGAAAUUCUAAGGUAAUACUAGUAGAAUUAUUAGAUAUAUGUAAAUAAUAAGUAAAACGAUAGUCAAAUGUGGUAUACUUGUAACUAAAAUUUUCAAAUAACUUUUCUAUGGUAAUUAUCAGGAAGCAUAACGAUACGAACAAUGCUUUUUUGUUGAAAUUUAUAUAUAUAUAUAUAUAUAUAUAUAAAAUUUAAAUACUUUAGUGUAAUCUGAAAAUUGCUAAUUAGUAAAAAAAGAAUAGAAUACUUGUAGUUUGAUAUUAUAUAUUCUUUAUCUAAUUGUUUAAUUCUAUUUUUAUAUUGUGAAAAAUGUUGUAGUUAUAUUUAAUUCAACGGACAAAUAUGAAAUGAUAGCUUUGAAUAUUAAUUUUUUCUACUACUACAUGUAUAUCUUUCAAAAUUAUGAAUACAACAUUUUUCACAAAAAAAGAAAAUACAAGAAAUAUUCUUUCACAAUAUUAAAAAUAUAAAAUUAACCACUUCAAAUUAAAGUAUAAAGCAGUAGCUGUGUUAAUGAUAAAAGAUUGUCAAAAAAUAAAAAAAAAUAUUUAAUGAACAAUAAUGAAAUCAUAGAUUUUAGUUUUAUGUAGUUCGUGUAAUGAGAAUAACAAAUAUAUUCUUACAUAAUUGAGAUUAUCGGCAUAAGAAUUUAGUGAAUAUUUUUCAGUCGAUACAAAAAGUUCUUUAUUUCGCAUUAAAGUAUAAUAUUAAAAUGUGUAAAAUAUAUCAUAACAAAUUUUUCUUUUACAGAAAAUCCACACGUAGUAUAUUGUUAAUUAUACGUAUUAAAAGUAGUUACGUUUUCAGUUAAACUUUUGCCAAAGACAUUUAUUAUUAAUCGUUUAUAAGAGCAUAUAUUAUUAAUAUGAUUAUACAUAUUUGGUUUAAAUUGAAAUGCAUAAUAUGAAAAAUUAGGCAAUUAUCCUUACACGUCAUUUGAUACUAUGAAAUAUAUAAUAUUUCUAUAUGCAAUUAAAUUUUAAUUAAUGAUAUGUAAAUAUAAUAAUUGAUGUUGGUAAGUAGAUUGUCAAUAGUAAUAUAGUACUAAAAUAAUAAGUAGAAUUUAAUAUUUAAACAUAUAUUAUUGUUGAUUUAAUCUUGACAUGGUGGUUAAAUAAAUAAAUAUCUCUUCAUAGUUUAUUA